GCCCGCGCCUGGCCAGGCUCUCCCGGGCACCGGGCAUCUGCCAUGGACCUGCAUAGCUGGCCGGGCCGCUCCGGCGGGCGCGCGCCCCUCUAGGAGGAACCAUUUUGCCUGCCUGCCGCCGCCCCCCCCCUCGCUGAAUCGCCCGGUCCGGCCGAGACGGGAUGGCGCACCCGGGCUGAGCGCCUCGAGGGGACGCACGGACGGACGGACGGACGGAGCCUGCCAGCGCAGAAGGCGCCCCCCCCUCGCCGGAUCGCACCGAGCAGCCCUCUCCCUCCUCCUCUUCCUCCUUCUCCCCCCCCUCUCCCUCUCCCUCCCCCCCAUCUCCCCUUCCGAUGGAGAGCGGCGCGGGCAGCCGCGCGCUCCAGCCGGGCUAAGCGGGUGGGGGGGCACUUCUCCGUUCGAUGCCGAAUCCCCCACGAUGGUGAAGUAUGAACGUGCCACACCAUGAAGCUCUUGUGGCAGGCAACUGCGCACCACGCCUGGAAUGCCGCCCCGCUUGCCGUAGUCUACCUCGUGGCGCAAACGUGGCUGGCGUGCGCAGUGGCGGCCGUGGCCGGGCCGCAGAGCUGCCCCUCGGUGUGCUCCUGCAGUAACCAGUUCAGCAAGGUGGUGUGCACGCGGCGAGGCCUCUCCGAGGUGCCCCAGGGCAUCCCCUCCAACACGCGCUACCUGAACCUCAUGGAGAACAACAUCAAGAUGAUCCAGGCCGACACCUUCCGCCACCUGCACCACCUGGAGGUGCUGCAGCUGGGCAGGAACGCCAUCCGCCAGGUGGAGGUGGGGGCCUUCAACGGCCUGGCCAGCCUCAACACCCUGGAGCUCUUCGACAACUGGCUGACGGUGGUGCCCAGCGGGGCCUUCGAGUACCUCUCCAAGCUGCGCGAGCUCUGGCUGCGCAACAACCCCAUCGAGAGCAUCUCCUCCUACGCCUUCAACCGCGUCCCCUCCCUCAUGCGCCUGGACCUGGGCGAGCUCAAGAAGCUCAAGUACAUCUCGGAGGGGGCGUUCGAGGGAUUGUACAACUUGAAGUACCUGAACCUGGGGAUGUGCAACAUUAAGGAUAUGCCCAACCUCACCCCACUGGUGGGCCUGGAGGAGCUGGAGAUGUCGGGGAACAACUUCCCCGCCAUCCAGCCGGGCUCCUUCUAUGGCUUGAAGUCGCUCAAAAAGCUGUGGAUUAUGAGCUCCCAGAUCAGCCUGAUUGAGCGGAACGCCUUCGACGACCUGACGGCGCUGGUGGAGCUCAACCUGGCCCACAACAACCUCUCCUCUCUGCCCCACGACCUCUUUGCCCCCCUGAGGUACCUGGUGGAGCUGCACUUGCACCACAACCCCUGGAGUUGCGACUGCGACAUCCUGUGGCUCUCCUGGUGGCUGCGGGAGUACAUCCCCACCAACUCCACCUGCUGCGGGCGCUGCCAUGCGCCCAUGCACAUGCGCGGGAAGUUCCUGGUGGAGGUGGACCAGACGGCUUUCCAGUGCUCGGCCCCCUUCAUCAUGGAUGCCCCCCGGGAUCUAAACAUCUCCGAAGGGAGGGUGGCCGAGCUCAAGUGCCGCACGCCUUCCAUGUCCUCCGUCAGGUGGUUGCUGCCCAACGGGACCGUGCUGAGCCACGCGUCCAACCACCCCAGGAUCUCCGUCCUCAACGACGGGACCUUGAACUUCUCCCAGGUUUUCCUGACGGACACGGGGGUCUACACUUGCAUGGUCACCAACGUGGCGGGGAACUCCAACGCCUCGGCCUACCUCAACGUGAGCACGGCCGAGCUCAACACUUCCAACUACAGCUUCUUCACCACCGUGACGGUGGAGACCACAGAGACUUCGCCCGAGAACAUCUUCCCCAAGUUCACCAAGCCGGUGCCGACCACGUCCACGGGCUACCAGCCGGCGUACACCACCACCACCACUGUGCUCAUCCAGACCACCAAGGCGCCCAAGACGGACCCCGCCUCGGACAACCACAACGACAAGAUGCAGACCAGCCUGGACGAGGUGAUGAGAACCACCAAGAUCAUCAUUGGCUGCUUUGUGGCCGUGACGCUGCUGGCGGCGGCCAUGUUGAUUGUCUUUUACAAACUUCGCAAAAGGCACCAGCAGCGCAGCACCGUGGCAGCCGCCAGGACUGUGGAAAUAAUACAGGUGGACGAGGACAUGCCGGCCUCCUCAGCCUCGGCGGCUGCCCCCACUGCUACGUCGGGGGUUUCAGGUGAGGGGGCAGUUGUACUGCCGGCUAUUCGUGACCACAUUAACUACAACACUUACAAACCUUCACACGGGGCCCACUGGACAGAAAACUGCUUGGGGAACUCUCUGCACCCCACGGUCACUACUAUUGCCGAACCUUAUAUAAUUCAGACCCACCCCAAGGAGAAAGUGCAGGAAACGCAAAUCUGACUCCUCCCCCCUCCUCAAGAAAUUAUUAAAAAAAAAUUGCAAUAGAAUGCACAAACAGAAACAGACAUCAACUUUUGUACAGAGAGGUGGGGGCGGGGGGGACAGUUUUUUUCUCCUCUUGUAUAUGCUUAUAUAUUAAGUCUAUGGGCUGAGAUAAGAGAAGCAGAUUAUAUUAAAAAAAAUGUAAAGAACCCCCCCCCCUAUUUUCUAACUUGUAAGUUCUAUUUAAAGGGAGGCAGCAACUACAAACAACCCCCCCCCCGCGCGCCCAAUCCCCCAAACAGCAGCAACAAAAAGGAGAGUCAGAAAUUGCCAUUGUGACUUCCUGGAAUAAGAUCUAUUUAAAGCGAAAGAAAGAAGGAAAAGGCAACAGUGAAGAUAAAAAAGAAAACCACAGAACCAGGGACUAGCAGGGGGUGGGAUUUGUCCUUUUUAGAAGAUGUUACUUAGAAUGCAGUAAAAACAAACCCGUUUCUAUAGAGACACUCUUUUCUUAAAGCCCUGGAAAAAGAAAACUCCCCGUAUUUACAGAGCUAUCUUACUUACAGGAAGAAAAAAAAAAAGGGGGGGGAGCGCACCAAGAGUUUGUACUGUGCCAAAAUGUUACAAAUGCAAUAAAAAAGGUCAUUUUUUAAAAAGAAAAAAACAGCAGCAGCAACAGAAGGACAAUUAUCAUAAGGGAACGAAAUACUUGUAUUAUCAAACUGCAAAAAAUCUAAACCAGCAAGAGCCUGCCCCUCCUCCUCCCAGCGAGGGUGUGGUGGACGUGGGGCCGACCAUGUGGGGGGUGACCCCUGAGGAAGUGAUGGGCCGGAGGGUGGGGGGCCCCUUGGCGUGCCGCCCCCUCCUCACCCGCGCCUGGGAGGAGGAAGAGUUGCUUUGCGCCCAAGCAGGCCGCCGGGUGCCUUGCCACUGCACCACAUUCCUGCGGUGGUUCUGUUUAACCCUCUGUGCGCAGGGUCCAGUGCGCAAAAACAGCUUUUUCGGGGGGGGGGGCGGCGAGGGUGAGAGAAGAGCAGGAGGACGUCUUGUGCGGCCGCCUGGAGGACAACCACGCAUCAGCCUCGUGCGCCGCGAUGGGUGCUUGCGUGUCGGCUACCCUGUGGGCAAUUUGACAUAUGAUUGUAGAACCAUGAACCAAUUUUGUGCUUUUCGUUCCUUUCCCCCCUGAAGGUGGAAGUGAGGGGCGGGGGGGGGGCGAGGGCUGCUCCUCCCUCCUCCGUGUGGGGCUGGGCUCUGGCUGCGAGGGAGCGAGUGAAGGGCACAUUCCUCAGCCCUCGUCCUCCUCGCCCACUUCUCAAAAGGCAAGCGGAAUGCCACAGGAGGGAACGGGCAAAACUGGCAUCCUCCGGGCAAGGAGUGCGGUUUGGAGAAUGGUGCUGCCCCCCACGCCCCCCCACCCUGCCUGCCCUCCGCCAAAAAAAAUCCCCCUGUCCUUUAGGAGGGGAGAGGAAUGUGCAAAGGGGUCCGGGCACCGUCGGAGUCUUCUCUGUGCCCAGGGUCCCACCAGGGGCUUCCCAUGACUUUGGUUGCUCAUUUCUGCUGGAGAUUUGAUCAAAGAGGUGGCAAUCUAUUGGGGGGGUGUUGGGGGGGCAGCAGAGAGGGCAACAACAACCCAAAAGCCAGAAUUAUCUGACUGUAACUCUGAGACAAGUGUAUUUUUGUAUUUUAAUAAAUAUUGUUAACGUUUUUAAUAAUG